AAUAAUUUUUUGUUGUACAGGUUGCAAUCAAUCUCACCCUGCGUAAAAGGCAAAGGUGAAAAUGCUGCAGCAAGAACAGCUACUGAAAGUGGACCGGCCUUGUCCGGAUCCGGAUCCGAAGGUGGCGACCGAAGCGACACCGCCACCGCCCAACACGUACCAAAUACGGCCGACCUUGGAGCAAACGUUCAUGUCGGAAAAAAUCAAGCAGAUUAUCAAUACGGUCCUCAGCGAUACGCUCACUGGACAAUCCUAUACCGCCGUGGAUGCUGCUCGCUGGACCAAAACGCUGGCAGAUGAAAUCAGCCUGAAGGUGAAGGAUCUAGAAAUGAAACGAUACAAGCACGUGGUCCAGGUUGUGCUCGGUCAGCAACUCGGUGCCGGCUGCAAGUACAUCGCCCGAUGUCGGUGGGAUGCCGAAUGUGAUAAUCAAAUGUCUGGAGAGUUCAAGAAUGCCACCAUAUUCUGUAUUGUUACCGUUUUCGGACUGUAUCUGUAUUGAGCUCAAUUGAAUCAAUGAAGUGCGUUUAAUGUGUGUGAUCUUAUCUUUAAAUAAGUAGCUUUUCUAAGCUUGCAUGUAGAAUAAGUUAGCUUUUGAGAACCGAAAUCGAUUGUAUUAGUGUAGGCACCAGCUUCGAAUAAAGCACCAAUUAAGAAGCACUGGAA